AUGGCACAUGACACCAAGGCGGCAGGGCUGUACUGCCAGAAAUGCCGGACGCCCAUAGACAUCGAUGCCUCGAUAGAUCAACUCAACCCGGCGGCAUUCAAGCUACUGACCGACUCGACAGUCCCAGGACAGCAACAAGCCUCGAAGAACGCCCCUCCUCGCCAGUCCCGCCCAACGUACCCCUCCUCGCGACACCAGACGUACGAAACAGCCAUACAGUCGGCGAGGAACCCUACCUUCAAACGCAACACGCCCUCGUCGAGAUUCCAAAAUGGCGCCCAGAACCCCGCUAUGUCGUUCGUCAACGUGCACAUGUCCGAGUCGAUGAUGGACCCGCCCUCCCCAGCACCCGUCCGCAAUCCAGACAGACUGGCACCGACCGAAGAGACACAGCCAACCGGCAAUGACUUGUCAAGACGAGCAAGCAUCACAGGCGGUUCAGGAACAGCAGGAGGAGCAAGCAUGGCAGACGGCCUGGAAACAACAAACCGCAUGUUCGAGAUCCUCUCCGCCCGCUCUGACAUCGACCACCCAAUAUGUGUGGAAUGCACCGAACUGCUCGUCGACGGCCUACAGAAGCGCCUCGGCGUGGCCACACGAGAGCGCGACGCCUAUGUCGACUAUCUGCGCCGCGCCAACACCGACGUCCCCAGCGCCGACGAAGUGAAGGCCGCCGAGUCAGCACUGCAAGCCGCAAAGACAGCCGAAGCCACCGCCCUCGCCAACCUCGAAUCCCUCGAAGCCGAGAAAGCAGACCUAGACGCCCAACUCGCCGCUCUGGAAGUCGAAGCCCGCCAACUCGACCAGGAAGAGAACGACUUCUGGCGAAACCGAAACGCAUUCGCCGCCACCCUAACAGGCUUCCAAAGCGAGCGCGACGCCCUAACAACACGCCACGCGCACGACGCCCAAAUCCUAAACCAACUGCAAAGACGAAGCGUCUACAACGACACCUUCAACAUAACCCACGACAACCACUUCGCCACCAUAAACGGCCUGCGUCUCGGCCGCCUCCCAUCCCCUUACGUCGACUGGCCCGAAAUAAACGCCGCAUGGGGCCAAACAUGUCUCCUCCUCGCCACCCUCGCCGAACGCCUAGGCUGCAAAUUCCAGGGCUACGAACUCAGCCCCAUGGGCUCUACUUCCACCAUCCUCAAGCUCGACGCCAAAGGCGGCGCGGCAUCAGUCGCCGACGCACAAUCCUCCACGACGUCCUCGUCCGUGGCGCGCCAACGCCUCGAGUUAUACUCCUCAGGCGACUUCCCCAUCAACUUUGGCUUCCUGCACCGGAAAUUCGACACCGCAAUGGUGGCGUUUCUGGAAUGUCUGCGGCAGCUAGGCGACUUUGUAGAGACGCAGGGCAUCCAUGCGGGGAGCAGUCUGGCCGUGGGAUCUGGCGGCCCUGGCGUCAAGAUGCCGUAUGAGAUUAGGAAGGAUCGCAUUCAUGACCAGAGUAUCAAGUUGGCGCUUAAUAAGGAGGAGAGUUGGACGAAGGCUUGCAAGUAUACGCUUACGUGCUGCAAGUAUCUGCUUGCGCAUGCGAAUAACGUGGAGAGUAUGGGGGCGAGGCGGGCGAGGUAG